CCGAGUUCUUCAAAUCCAAGUUCAUCGAAACCUUUGCAAACCCUUACGCAUCGCCGCUCCAAAGCGAAACCCUGCACUGCUGAAGCAUAUUUAAUGCCGCCCAAGGGUACAACCAGGAAGAAGGCUGCGAACGAUGGUUCCACCACUCAUACGCCUACUCUUUCCGAGCAGCUGUCAUACCUGCACAGCCCUCGUCCAUUCAAGAAUCCCAACUACACCAAAAAUACGAAUCGUCGAACCAAGAACCUGAAAACCGUUCUAGGUCAGGAAAGAGAGAAAGAGCGCGUCGAAAGGGAGAGGCGGAGACAAGAGAGAGAUAGUCAGGCGAUGGAUAUUGACGAAGUUAAGAAAGAGCUUGUUGAGGUGAACGAGGAAAUCUCAACUUAUCUAUCGAUAGAAGCACCACCAUCUGUUCUGCCACAGAGACACUACUGCGAUAUCACAGGGCUGGAGGCACCGUAUACCGAUCCUCGGACUGGACUGAGGUAUCAUGACAAGAGCGUUUAUGAACUUAUUAAGAACCUUAGCCCGAGCGCGGCGAAGGACUAUUUGGCUGCAAGGGGCGUAAAUCCCGUCGUCCGAUAGAUAGCCCAUCGUUUUUGAUUGAUAUCCCUUCAAAUGGAUUCAUCAUCAUUCCCACUGUGGCACCGACUGCUAUGCAAUAGUGGCUCUAGAAAAUCGCAUGCCCAGGUUCAUAUGGCUAUCUUGGACGCACAAUUGUUUGCUUGGCUUGCAUUGCGGCUGCAUGGGAUAUAUUAGAGAGUGGAUGUGUGACAAUGUAGACUUUUCUCUGAAUGAAUGACAUGUCAUUCCUCGGUAAAUAAAUUCUAAUCAUGGAGAGAUUGUUUAUGAUUGUUCCGUAGUUGAA